AUGUCCUGUCUGCCCUGGACGAGGGCGCUGCCCUGGGCGCUGCUGCUGCUUGUCUCAGGCUUUCAGGUCCUGCCGACCCAGCCCUGGCCUUUCAACACAGAGGAGAGCAGGAAUGAGCAGGACCCCAUUGACAGGUACCUGCCCUUCACGGUGGAGUAUGCCCUGCACAUAUUCAACAUGCAGAGCAAGGACUCGCACGCCUAUCGGCUAUUGCAAGUGCUGGACUCCAGGAAAGAUAAGUGGAUUGAGAGUAUAGCGUUCUCCAUGAACCUGCUGUUGGGCCGAACCAAGUGUGGGAAAUUUGAGGAUGACAUUGACAACUGCCCCUUUCAAGAAAGGCCAGAACUGAACAACACCUUCAUCUGUUUCUUCACCGUCAGCAUCCAGCCCUGGCUCACCCGGUUCGAGCUCCUGAACAAGACCUGCUCAGAGGGGUUCCCCUGA